GUAAACUACUCGGGUCUGCCAUUAUUUCUAAGUAUGCUUCUGUUCUCUCUACUUUUCACAAUCUUUGGAGUUGCCACGAGUACUAAUCCACCCUACCAAAACUACACGAUAACUCUCGCUCGCAAUGCAACGCCUCAAGAAGCGUACGCAGCAAGAGACCUCGCCAAGUGGCUCAACAACAUGACCAACAUCGCAUUUACCAUCACUUCACCACAAGACGCCAUAAAGCGAAACGUCCCACAGCUGGCAGUCGGUCCAGACGCAGCGCUAGCGAUCGGAGCCGCGUCCGAACAACAGCUGAUCAACAUGUCGGAAGACGAAGUACUAAUCACGUCACAAAGAGCUCCAAAUGUGGCAAUGACGGGCGGACGAGGAAAGAAACGAGGAACACUAUACGCAGUUGUGAGAUUCCUACACCAUAUCGGGUACCGUUGGUAUGCACCAGAUGAGAUAUUUGUUCCUGAUUUCGACAAGUCCAGACCCGUUCCGUCUGUUGAUGAGUCCUACAGACCAGUUUUGAACCAGCGAGAUCAUGAUGAGCAUACCACUCAAGGAGACCCUGAAUGGUGGAUACACAACUACUUGAAUGGUUACUCUUGCUCCGAUUGUCCCAAUGAGAGUCAGGGGGGUCACUUCGAGUAUGUACCGGGAUACAGUGUGCACACAUACUACAAGCUUGUGCCGCCCGACAAAUACUUUCGUGUUCAUCCCGAAUGGUAUUCUCUCAUCAGUGGAGUUCGUACUUUCCAAUUCGACGGCCAUCUCGCUCAACUCUGUCUCACCAACGAGUCUCUUUUGGCUUUCGUUGUCGACCAAGUGAAGUCUCUCUUGAAAGCAAAUCCGACUGCUAAUCUCAUAUCAGUAACUCAAAACGAUGUGAAUGGUGGUAACUGUGAGUGUGACAGAUGUAAAGCCGUCGAGGCAGCUAAUGGUGGUGCACAUUCUGGUCCCACACUCAGGUUUGCCAAUCUUGUUGCCGAUGCUAUUAAAGACGAGUUUCCCAAUGUAACCGUCACUCAACUGGCAUACCAGUACACUAGAGCUCCACCGACACACGAAGUCCCACACUCUAAUGUUGCUGUCCGUCUCUGCUCCAUCGAGUGUGACUUCGCCCGGCCUCUCAGUGAUCCCAACAACGCUGCAUUUCAAAAGGAUAUACUGGGCUGGAGCAAGAUUGCCACUCGACUCCACAUCUGGAAUUAUGUAACCGACUUUGGCAACUUCAUACAACCAUUUCCCGAUUGGCACGUCCUCGGGCCAAACAUCCGAUUUCUGUCUGCACACAGUGCAAAGGCGAUAUACGAAGAGGGAAAUUAUCAGUCCAAAGGCGGGGAAAUGCAAGAGAUGAGGGCGUGGGUGAUGGCACAGAUGAUGUGGGACCCUUCACAAAACGAUAGUCUACUUAUUCAAGAGUUCAUCCAUAGCUACUAUUCGGAUCAAGCCGGUCUACUCAUCUUGAAGUACAUGGAUAUAAUUGAAAGGAGUGUUCACGAUACAUCGGCUUAUGUGACUGAGCAUGACCCACCUACAGCAAAAUUUCUUACAGCAAAUGCUGUCCUCCAAUCGUUGCAUGUCUUAGCGUCGGCUGUCAGUGUGGCUAUGAAUACACCAUUGCGACCAUACAAAACACGAGUUAUGAAUGCUAUGCAGCCUGUCUUGUAUGUCACUCUGUUACGUUGGAAUGAAAUUUGUCAGUAUCAUCGGCACAAUGACACUCAGCCUUGGCCUCUGCCUCGCAGCAUCUCAGAUGCCUAUAAUCAGUUUGCACGGGUUUUCAACGAUAUUGGAGGUACACGAUUGAGCGAAUCGGGACACGACCUAAAGUGGCUGCAGAGCCAGUUGAACAUGACGGCCACAUGUGACCCCUAGUGUUGAUCACACGUCACGACCUACUAUUGACUGUUUUGCUGCUAAUUCAGUCAGUAGCCUCAGAUAUCAAUACAAUCAUGUCUUGUUACAUUGA